CCCCGAGCGCCCGCAGGUGGGGCCGGUGACUCCUGUUUGCAAACCCGCCCCCGCCCCGCUCGUCACGCCGGAUCGCGGGGGGGGCCUGCGCCAGGCUUCCCCCGGUGCAGCCACAUCAGCCCAGGGCGGCCGAUCGGAUGCGGGAAGUCGAUUGCUGAGGUCUGGGAGAGACACACCUUCCUCCGGCCCCAGCGCCGCAGAUCCGGGUGCAGCGGACCAGGGGGAACCAGCCCCCGGCGGCGCGAGUGCGGGAGCCGCGCGCACCUUGGAAGAUGGCCUCCGCCAACGACACCCGGCAGGCCCAGAAAGAUGCCGCCGACCAGAACUUCGACUACAUGUUCAAACUGCUGAUCAUCGGGAACAGCAGCGUGGGGAAGACAUCCUUCCUGUUCCGCUACGCCGACGACUCCUUCACCUCGGCCUUCGUCAGCACCGUGGGCAUCGACUUCAAGGUCAAGACAGUCUAUAGGAACGAGAAGAGGGUCAAACUGCAGAUCUGGGACACCGCAGGGCAGGAGAGAUACAGGACGAUCACGACGGCUUAUUACCGAGGAGCCAUGGGCUUUCUGCUGAUGUACGACAUCGCCAACCAGGAUUCCUUCAACGCCGUGCAGGACUGGGCGACCCAGAUCAAGACCUACUCGUGGGAUAACGCCCAGGUGAUCCUGGUGGGGAACAAGUGUGACCUCGAGGACGACCGAGUGGUGGCCACGGAGGACGGCAAGCGGCUGGCUGAUGAGCUAGGGUUUGAAUUCUUCGAAGCCAGCGCCAAGGACAACAUCAACGUCAAGCAGGUCUUUGAACGCCUGGUGGACAUUAUCUGCGAGAAGAUGAACGAGAGCCUGGACACCAACUCCACCCUCGUCAGCAACAGCAAGAACGGGGCCCUGACCGAGACUCCGCCCCCGCAGUCCAGCAGCUGCUCUUGCUAGAUAACAGACUCCGCCCACCUAUGGCUCCUCUCUGCCCCCCCCCCCGCCCCCCCAGCGGUCACAUUGAUGUCAUAGAUAAAUAGGAUGGGAGAUUAUGGGGAGAGGCAGAUCUCUUGGGCCACUGCCCCAGUGUUUUUGUAUUUGCCUAUGACAACAAUGCAACGGAUCCGCCCUCCCUUUCCUUAUCCCCGACCCAGGGUUCUUCCGUCCCGGCAACCACGGCCAGCUGAGGGAUGAGGAACGUGAGCCCAUCCACCGGACCUCAGAGGUGGUGGGGCAGGCCCAGGCCCCCCACAGCUGACGCAAAUUGAACCCCCGCGUAGAUCUGUGACAACCGCUCUGCGUUUGUAAGAGGACAGAGAGGGGUGCCCAGCGGGAGAUGUGAGGAGGUUUCUUGCGCUGGGCUUGCUGCAGGUUGGUGUGAGGGACGUUAAUCCGCAUGCUGGAAAACAGGUGUUGGGGGAGGGGGGAGAUCCAUUUUCAUCUCAAUUUUCCUCUGAACAUUUCAAGUUUUUUCCCAGUGAAAAUUCGUGUCCUGAACAUCUUUGACCAAAAGCCGGAGCGACUUAUUCUGAAAUGCCUCCUGGGUGUGGUAGUCCGGGUGCCUUGUGCUCCUGUUCUCUUCUGUAGAGUGGGCUUCUUGGUCAGACUACAUUUCCCACGAUGCACCACUCUCCCUGCUGGGAGAGGAGGGGUUGCAUCAUGGGGGUCCCUGGCCAUGGUGCAUCAUGGGAGACGUAGUCCAACUAAGGAACCCGGUUCAUAGGGGAGAACGGAAGCUUGGGGCCACUGCACUACAACUCCCAUGAGGCACCACAGCAGCAUUUAUUUUCCAGAGCAACUCAACCCCAAGUGACUGCUUCCCAUAGAGUCACGCACCCUGUAAAUGGCCAAGGGCCCCUAGUGCGCUCCCCCACCCUGGUGCAUUUGUUUGCACUAGUGUCGAAUGCUCCCAUGGCGGGGUUGCAGUGAAAAUAACAACACAAGGCACCCGAGAGUUGGGCCUCUGUUUUUUUUUUUCUUUCCUCAAAGCGUCUCUUGCUUUUGGGGUCCUCGGUUUGGGGACUUGCCUAGAGGGAGCCACCUUAAAAGUGCCUGGCACUUCCUGACUGUUGGGUCCCUUUAAGCAGCCUCCGGUUGAGCACCCCAAUUCUGGAGGCACCAAAAAUCACUAGUCGUUUGUGUGGGGGGAGAGGGGUAAAUCCAGAGAGACUCCGCUUACGCGCCGACCCUCAGCUGGUGUGAAUGGGCGUCUGGCCCCUCUGACGCCAAUGGCGUGACGCUGGCUUGCACCAGCUGGGGAUCUGGGCCUUACUGUAGAAAAGGGCCAGGGGAGAGACCAGACCAGAGACUGGGGAAAAUGUAGAAUACCUUCAAUGUAGCGGAUCAGUUUGAACCAACCCCUGCAGGGCUGGGAGUCUUGUAAAACCAAAAAAUCCUGGGCCUGAUUUUCCCGUUGCACUGAGCCUUGUACGGUGAUUUAUUUACACGAGGAUGUGAGGGGUUAAAAUCAAUCUCAGCUGAUUUGCACUAGUGGUGCAUGGGGGGAGGGGUUGCAGGGGGGUUGCACUAGUGGUGCAGGGCACUGGGGAAUUGGACCAGUGGGGCAGGAAGGGCCAACGGGUAGAGAGACUUUCCCCCUUUUUGGGGUGUUGGUUCCAGGCCGGAGCCCGGCUUGACAGUGACUGAGACCCUAAUCAUGCAGACGACGUGAGAGCUCGCCCCAGGCUUGAGGCCUCGGGAUCCAUCAGUAGUUGAUUCGGCGUCCUACGCUGUGAGGGGCUGGUGCGCUGUGGGGAAGUUGAGGCAGGGCUGCCCUAGAGCCAAGCUUCGCAGGGCCUGGGGCCCUGAUCCUCUUGCAGUUCCCAGGGAUUUGAGGACAUCUGACUCCCUUUGUGAUGCCCCCGAGGGAGGAAAAUCACUGGAUUCCCCGUCAGGGGAUGGCUAUGCUUGGACCUGGACCAGGGCAUGAGACUCGGUUGCUCCCCUACUGCUGGGGUUGUGCCUAGUCCCUGGUGUCAGUUAGAGCAGCCACUGGGCUGCUCUAAUUCAUACUCUGUUUCCCAAGAGCCCCCGCUGAAGCAUGGAGUACCCAUAAUGCAAUGUGUUCCAGUCACACACACACCCCCAUACACUAGGUUCAGUGCCCUUAUACCAGCUUCCCAUUGGCUGGGGUAGGCCCUGCCCCUUCACAGUGGGGGUGGGGGUGGGGGAGGCAGGAUUCUCAGGUGAGGCUGUCUCCGCCCACUUUAUUCAGCCUUAACUGAGAAUCAGCCUCUGGAAUCUGGACUCUGUGUGUCAGCUGCCCCAUACUGUACCGGGACUCAGCUCCUUUAAAAAGGAGUCAAGCGCAUUCUAGGUCGACGUGAAACGCUCCUUGAUGUCCCAGCCCUGCUGGAACACGGCGAGUCUUGGCUGGAAAAGGUACCACAGUCCAUUCCUGACCCACAUGGCACAGAUCAUUUCCGCCCCUCCGCGGUUAUCGAUUAGCUUCUCGCUGGAGCAAGCUUUGGUGCGACACCCGGGCUCUCCCGGAGUCCGAUCUCGCGGCUUUCCGUGAGGCAAGCGCUCAGGGCUCGGUUGCAGGGACCGGUGCACUGGGGUGACCAGACAGUAAGGGUGAAAAAUUGGGAUGGGGGUGGGGGGUAAUAGACACCUAUAUAAGACAAAGCCCCAAAUAUCGGGAUUGUCCCUAUAUAAUCGGGACAUCUGGUCACCCUACUGCGCCGUCUCUCAGGUCACAAUGCGAUGCUUCCAUGCUUCGUGCCCCAGCCGUGCAGAGUGUUUUGGACGUGGCGGGGGGGGCAUCGUGUUGCUCAGAUUCCCAGGGGAUGUGCAAUCUUUAAAAAUGGAGGAGAGGCCAGUGGCUUACUUUACAAAAACAAAAGUGCCUUUAGCAAAAGCCAAACUAUUGAUCGGUCACGUGUAGAUAUCCACGCUCCCAGCUAAACUGUAGCCCAGCGGUAAAUGCCUUGUUUAACCUCAUGCUCUUUUCUUCUUAGCCAGAUCUAUGCCCCCCCCCCCUUCCCAGAAUUAUUUAAGAGAGAGAUGCACAGAGUUCAAGGCCAGAAGGGAUCAUUCACUCAUCUCCUCUGACCUGCUGUGCAUCAGAGGCUGUGAAAUUUCAUCCAGUUACCCCUGUCUUGAGCCAAAGAUAGAUACGCUGGCAUUGGUCUUUCAAAUCCCUUCGGUCAGAUCUCUGUAACGGGGGUGGGGGGUAUAACUGAUGUAGCAUGUGAACAUUGAAACGGGGGGAUCCACCCCCAAAAAUAGACCUAAUGAAAUUUAAACCCGACCAAAGUGGGAUUUAGGUAUGACUGGGGCGGGGGGCUGGUCUUUUUGUUCUGUGUUUGUACAGGGCCUGGCACACUGGGCCAUGACCGGGCUUCUGAGCGCUACCAUAAUAUGCCUAAUAAAGAAUAAGAAUGCCUUUGAAAAUCA